GGAGGGUAUAAUACACACUUAAAAGCAGAACAGGUCCAACACUUCCUGCAAGCUUUGUGGGUGCAACAUGGCCACUGAAACUCUCAAACCAGCCACAGAAGACUACUGGGACUACGAUUUUAACUCCAGUGCUAUACCUGACUAUAAUUACACACCUCCUGAGUUUCCUGACAUUUUGACCCCUGCGAUUCAACCGAUCCAGAUCGUGGCUCUUGUCUUUUAUGGCCUCGUGGUCCUGCUGGGUGUCCCCGGGAAUGCUAUUGUGGUGUGGGUGACGGGGUUCUGCAUGCAACGCUCUGUCACCUCUCUCUGGUUCCUCAAUCUUGCGCUGGCUGAUCUUCUGUGCUGCCUCUCGCUCCCUCUGCUGAUGGUCCCUCUAGCCCAUGAUGACCACUGGCACUUUGGCCCACUGGCUUGCACAUUGGUCAAAAGCCUGUUUUACCUGGUGAUGUACUGCAGUGUCCUGCAGCUGGUUGUGAUCAGUGUGGAUCGCUGGAUGCUGGUCAGCAGACCUAUUUGGUGUCAGAACAAGAGGCGACCUAAGCAGGCUGUCUUCGGGUGUGUUGCUAUCUGGUGCCUUGCCCUGAUAGGCAGCAUCCCCCAGUUUGUCUACACCAAAGAGAUCAAAGCAGGUGAUGAAAAGCGAGAGUGUCAGGGAGUGUACACUACCCUCAGUGCCUGGCUCGUCACCUCCUACCGCUUUGUGGUGGGAUUCGCCCUCCCUUUCCUGGUGAUUGUAGCCUGUCACUUGGUUGUAUACUGGAAAACAGAGAGCGGACUGUCACGGGGUCGGCCCCGCUCCAAGCGCACGCUGAGGGUCAUCAUUGCUGUGGUGCUAAGCUUCUUCCUCUGCUGGCUCCCACUGCACAUUUUGGACUUUGUACUGUUGGUGACCCCUCGAAAAUCCCCUAACAGCCCAAAAGUUUACCUGGCACACACUUUAGCACUCUGCCUGGCGUAUUUCAACAGCUGCCUCAACCCGCUGCUUUAUGUAUGUUUGGGCCGGGGCUUCAAAGACAGCAUGAACCGCUCCCUGCGCAACAUGCUCCACUUCAUCAGUGAGGACCCUACGGCCAAGAUGAGCAUCGCUACUAUGGACACCAAGAGCUCGAGCACGGGAAAGGAGACAACUAAAAUUUGAAAGUGCAUUGACUCUGAUUCAGGCUACUGUGGAGUAAGCUUUAGUUAUAAAAGUGGGACUAUCUCCAUGCCCAUAUAAAAGUGUGAAAAUAGCAACCCUGCUGUUUUUAUGAAUUAUUUUGAGGCAUAUAUGUGCAUGUUCAUGUGUCUCUGUCUGUCUGCAGCUAGUCUCACAAACAACUGGACCAAUCAGCCUCAUAGUUUGUGUGCACAUGUAUGACUGAGUGCCCAAGGAUCUUUUGUGGUUGUGGUGAUUCACAACUGUUGGAAAACCUGUUUUAAUCACAUUUUCGAUCAUCAUUAUUUAUUAACAUCAUUUAUGGUUGUGCUAAAUCCUCCUCUUAAAUGACUGGUAGGGGCCGUAAGUUUUUCUGGAAGUUUGCUAGGCUAACAGGCCACAAUGUGGCCUUUGUCCUGGCUCAAAACUAACAUCUAUAUAAAAAUUUGGUCUUGUUUUGAACUAGAGCAUCUGCAGAUCAGUUCUUUAACCAAUAUGUUAUGAUCCACUAAAGUUAGGGUAUGUUACAAGAUGAAUUGGUCCCUAUUUUGCUUAUCUGACUGUGAGGGAGCCAUGAGGGACACUUCCACCUGGUGCAGCUCUCAAUGGUCUGCCUGCAAUGUUUUUGUUCUGUCCACCACGGCAUCAUACCACAUACUGUGUCCACAUACUGCGUGCUUCCACAAUACAUAAGUACCGGAAGGUAGCUAAAUUGUUUCUUUUCUUUGCAGUGGUAGUAAGGAUAGGAUCCGGUGCAUGCGAUUAUUAUUAUAUUGUAUUGUCUCGACACAUGAUUAAAAAGAGACUUGACAUUGGACAACAUCAACAUAAACUUUACCCAGCAACCAUCAUUGCAUGUCUUAAUGUGACAAAAAUACCAAAGACAAUAAGAAAAUUAUUAAUUUAAAGGAAUUUUUAAAUGAUUACUUUAUGUAAAAUGAA